AUGAAAUAUAUUUGCGAACAAUAUGGAACAAGACGUUAUAAACUUUUACAUCGUUUUGAAUUUUUCUGUUAUAUUCAUGUAUUUAUUCGUUUAUCAAUAAUAUUUUUAAUGUAUUUAGAUCCAGAAACAUUUCCAUUCAUGAAAUAUGAUUAUGCAUCUGAAUAUUUUUGGCAUUAUCGUCAUAUUAUAAAUAAAUUUUUAGUUAUUAUUGCAAUAAUGUUAACAUUGAUCGGUAUGUUAGGUUUGAAAACAUUUUUCUUUCAUCAUGUAGAUACGGCAAGUUAUCAAAUCUUGUAUGAUUGUAUUGUUUAUAAUACUGAUCAAUAUUGGAAAAGAUUUUUAGCAUUUUUCAAUCUGCUUACAAUCGAAGCAUUAUAUCUUCGUCCAGUUGAUACAUUAAGUUUUCAAAUCCUAUAUGAUUGUAUUGUAUUCAAUACGGAUCAAUAUUUGGAAAUAUUAUGGCAAAUAUUUCCGAAUUUCAUUCUGGGAACAAUAUUAAAAAUCCGUGUUUGGCUUGAUUCAUGGUUAGAAUUAGAUCAUGUUGAUCGAAAAUUAUUUGAACAACAAAAUCGUAUGCGAUUAUUUCCACAUGCAUCAUUCAAAUGUCGUACAAAUAUUUUAUUAUUUGUAUUAUUGGUUGAUCUUUAUAAUUAUAUCUUCUAUUAUAUAUGCUUUUUUAUCAUAUCAAUAUCAGCAAUUAUAAUACUUAAUCAAGGUUAUUCAUUUGAAAUGAUGAAAAAUUCCCUAAUAUUAAAUAUAUGUUUAACAAUCGAAGCAAUAUUAUUUGUAAAUUGUGCAUUAUUUAUGGUAAAAUUAACAAUGUUAAAAUUUGGUCUAUUAAUUUCACAAUAUUUAAUCUAUCAUAAUAAUGUUAAACAAUUGAAUGAUAAUUUGGAACUAUGUUUAUCACCAUCAUUAUUAACAUGGCAAUCAUCAACAACGUCAUCGUUAUCAGUAACAAAAUCUAAUCAAUGGAUGAAUAUUGGUUGGAAAAGAAUUCAAACAUUAAAACAUAUUUAUCGUCAACAUAAUCAUUUAUCCUAUUAUCUAUUAUUUACUAACCAGGAUCGAUGGAGCCGGGCAUUAUUCAAUAUGGUUUUAGUAUCGUUACCAAUGAAUGCAACAGUAUUAUCUGAAUUUAUUAUCGAACAUAUGCCCAUACAAACACAAUUUUUAUUCAUAUUUGUUGCUUGUAUACAAGGUUGUUUUGGUCUAAGUCCAUUUUUAGCUAUUGCAAUAAUAUGUAAAGAUUUUCAUCAUAUUAAACAAUGGAUAACAAUCAUACAGUUACGUUUGAAAUCAAAAAAACAUUCAAUACAGAUUAAAAUGAAAUUUGAUGAUCUUUAUGGCCGGUUAAUGUUUGGUAGGAAAAUUGCAUUUACAUGUGGUUAUUUAGGUGAUAUUACAUUUCAUCGAUUGUUUGAAGGUUUUCUUAUUUAUGUUAUGAUUUUUUUUCUUAUUCUUGGUUUCUAUGUUGAAUCACAUUAA